AUGGAUACAACAGAGUUAGGUAUAAGCACCAAUGGCAUGGAAAAAGUAUUGCAGAGCAUCGAAGGGUUAGACCAAGAGAACAGUGACAGCUACAAAGAAGCCAAAUGGUUACUGGCUACCUUGAACCAAUACGUGUCCCUCAGUGCUAAGUAUCGCAACGUUUAUGUCUUGCCUCAGCGAGGUCAAGAGGCAAUUCCGAAAUCGGUAACAGAGGAUGCAUCUUCGUUACAACUGAAUUCUUCAUAUAUUGUGAUUGAUGCAGAUCAUAAUACCAUCAAUAAGUUCAAGUCGCCUGAGGAUGCUGGUUACUUGAAGAUCAAGGCUGAACUUCUCGACAUACUUCGCAUAUCAAGCUCAGGUCCCAGACACAUAUCUUGGGAGAAAUAG